AUGUGGCUCUUUCUCACCGUCAACAUGGAAGUGAAACUCGCAGACACUCGCGCGGAGCGAGACCUACAGGACUCACUCGCCGAGAUCUUCAGUAUCAUAAUCACUCUCGAUGAGCUAGAGAAGGCAUUCCUCAAAGAUGCCAUACCAGAGGCAGAGUAUACUGAGAUCUGCGAGAGGUCGCUGAAGCAGUACAAGUCGAUCCUGGCCGAUGAAGCUGUCGCAAGGGCGUUCGUGGGGCUGGAGGAAUUCAAGGCCGAAUGGGAUCUCGAAGUCCCGCGCGCAACGGAGCGCAUCCGCGUCGGCAUGCCGUCCACGGCCGUGACAGCGUCCUCGGGCUCCGCGCCCGCUCCAGCCGGCGGCAACACCAGCGGCGCUCUCAUCCUCGAGGCCACGCAGGACUUCAUCACCUUCCUGGACGCGCUGCGGCUGGGCCUGCUGGCGAAGGACCAGCUGCACCCGCUUCUGACGGACGUCAUCCAGUCGGUGAACAAGGUGACCGACAGGGACUUUGAGAACCGGGGCAAGAUUGUGAACUGGCUCAUCACGCUGAACCAGAUGAAGGCGACCGAGGAACUGAGCGAGGCGCAGGCGAGGGAGCUGGAGCUGGACAUCAACUCGGCUUAUCAGGGGUUCAAGUCUACAUUAACAUGA